AGGCGCCUGCGGGGAAGCGCCUCGGCGCGCGGCCGGCCUCCCCGGGCCUCUUCGCAAGUAACUCUGUCGAGGUGAUCAUUACCAAAUGAGGAGGAAAGGACGAUGUCAUCGAGGCUCUGCAGCGAGGCAUCCUUCCUCCCCGUGCAGCAUUAAACACUCCCCUACGCGAGAAACGUUGACGUAUGCUCAAGCUCAAAGGAUGGUGGAGAUAGAGAUUGAAGGGCGCCUGCACAGGAUCAGUAUUUUUGAUCCCCUGGAGAUCGUAUUAGAAGAUGACCUCACUGCCCAAGAAAUGAGUGAGUGCAACAGCAAUAAGGAAAAUAGCGAGAGGCCACCUGUUUGCUUAAGAACUAAGCGCCACAAAAACAACAGAGUCAAAAAGAAAAAUGAAGCCCUUCCCAGCGCCCAUGGCACGCCGGCCUCGGCCAGCGCUCUUCCUGAGCCCAAGGUGCGAAUUGUGGAGUACAGCCCCCCGUCUGCCCCCAGGAGGCCCCCCGUGUACUACAAGUUCAUUGAGAAGUCGGCCGAGGAGCUGGACAACGAGGUAGAGUAUGACAUGGACGAGGAGGACUAUGCCUGGCUGGAGAUCAUCAAUGAGAAGCGCAAGGGCGACUGCAUCUCUGCCGUGUCGCAGAACAUGUUUGAGUUCCUGAUGGACCGCUUUGAGAAAGAGUCGUACUGCGAGAACCAGAAGCAGGGUGAGCAGCAGUCCCUGAUUGAUGAGGACGCUGUAUGCUGCAUCUGCAUGGAUGGGGAGUGCCAGAACAGCAAUGUGAUCCUCUUCUGUGACAUGUGCAACCUGGCUGUGCACCAGGAGUGCUAUGGGGUGCCCUAUAUCCCUGAGGGCCAGUGGCUCUGCCGCCAUUGCCUGCAGUCCCGGUCCCGGCCAGCUGACUGUGUGCUGUGCCCCAACAAGGGUGGUGCCUUCAAAAAGACUGAUGACGAUCGCUGGGGCCAUGUGGUGUGCGCCCUGUGGAUCCCAGAGGUUGGCUUUGCCAACACGGUGUUCAUUGAGCCCAUCGAUGGCGUGAGGAACAUCCCCCCAGCCCGGUGGAAACUGACAUGCUACCUCUGCAAGCAGAAGGGCGUGGGUGCCUGCAUUCAGUGCCACAAAGCAAAUUGCUACACAGCGUUCCAUGUGACAUGUGCUCAGAAGGCCGGCUUGUACAUGAAAAUGGAGCCUGUGAAGGAACUGACUGGUGGCAGCACCACCUUCUCCGUCAGAAAGACCGCUUACUGUGACGUCCACACGCCUCCAGGCUGCACCCGGAGGCCUCUGAACAUUUAUGGGGAUGUUGAAAUGAAAAACGGUGUCUGUCGAAAAGAGAGUGCAGUUAAAACUGUCAGGUCCACAUCCAAGGUCAGGAAGAAAGCAAAAAAAGCUAAGAAAAUGCCUGCUGAGCCCUGUGCGGUCCUGCCGACUGUGUGUGCUCCUUACAUUCCCCCUCAGAGAUUAAAUAGGAUUGCGAAUCAGGUGGCCAUUCAGCGGAAGAAGCAGUUCGUGGAGCGAGCUCACAGCUACUGGCUACUCAAGAGGCUGUCUAGGAACGGUGCUCCCCUGCUGCGGCGGCUCCAGUCCAGCCUGCAGUCCCAGAGAAACACACAGCAGAGAGAAAAUGACGAGGAAGUGAAGGCCGCCAAGGAGAAGCUCAAGUACUGGCAGCGGCUGCGGCAUGACCUGGAGCGCGCCCGCCUGCUGAUAGAGCUGCUGCGCAAGCGCGAGAAGCUCAAGCGUGAGCAGGUGAAGGUGGAGCAGAUCGCCAUGGAACUGCGGCUGACCCCGCUGACGGUGCUGCUGCGCUCAGUCCUGGACCAGUUGCAGGAGAAGGACCCUGCAAAGAUAUUCGCCCAGCCUGUGAGUCUGAAGGAGGUACCAGAUUAUUUGGAUCACAUUAAACAUCCCAUGGACUUUGCCACAAUGAGGAAACGGUUAGAAGCUCAAGGGUAUAAAAACCUCCAUGAGUUUGAGGAGGAUUUUGAUCUCAUUGUAGAUAACUGCAUGAAGUACAAUGCCAAGGACACCGUGUUUUAUAGAGCCGCAGUGAGGCUGCGCGAUCAGGGUGGUGUUGUUCUGAGGCAGGCCCGGCGUGAGGUGGACAGCAUCGGCUUGGAAGAGGCCUCGGGGAUGCACUUGCCCGAGCGGCCCAUGGUGACCCCUCGGCGGCCUUUCUCCUGGGAAGAAGUGGACAGGUUGCUGGACCCGGCCAGCAGAGCCCACCUGGGCCUGGAGGAGCAGCUGCGGGAGCUGCUGGACAAGCUCGACCUCACCUGCUCCAUGAAGUCCAGUGGCUCGCGGAGUAAACGAGCAAAACUGCUGAAAAGGGAAAUCGCUCUCCUUCGAAACAAGCUCAGCCAGCAGCACAGCCAGCCCCCAGCAGCGGGCUCAGGUACUGGAAGCUUUGAAGAGGACGCUGCUCCGCUGGGGCUGGAGACGGGGGACGAAGGAGAUAAAUCUCCCCCUAAACUUGAACCAUCAGAUGCUUUACCUCUUCCUUCAGACUCGGAGACUAACUCAGAACCACCAACCCUCAACCCAGUAGAGCUCCACCCAGAGCAGAGUAAACCAUUCAAAAGAGUCACAUUUGGUAAUGAAUUACAUAGCACUUGCACUCAGAGCGCACUGCUAAGCGGACACCCUCCAGAGCCCACCCUCGCCAGUAGUGGCGAUGUGCCGGCGGCGGCGGCCUCCGCAGUGGCGGAGCCUUCAAGCGAUGUAAACAGACGCACUUCUGUUCUCUUCUGCAAAUCGAAAAGUGUAAGCCCCCCAAAGUCUGCCAAGAACACUGAAACCCAGCCAACUUCUCCUCAGCUAGGGACCAAAACCUUUUUGUCUGUAGUCCUUCCGAGGUUGGAGACUCUUCUGCAGCCAAGGAAAAGGUCGCGGAGCACAUGUGGAGACUCUGAGGUGGAGGAGGAGUCCCCGGGAAAGCGCCUGGACACAGGUCUCACCAAUGGCUUUGGGGGUGCGAGGAGUGAGCAGGGGCCAGGCAGCGGCCCGGGGAGAAUGGCAGCGCCCCGACGACGCUGUGCCUCUGAGUCCAGCAUCUCCUCCAGCAACAGCCCGCUCUGCGACUCAAGUUUUAGCGUGCCCAAGUGUGGGCGAGGCAAGCCUGCCCUUGUGCGAAGGCACACCCUGGAGGACCGGAGCGAGUUGAUAUCCUGCAUUGAAAACGGGAACUAUGCCAAGGCGGCCAGGAUUGCGGCCGAAGUUGGUCAGAACAGCAUGUGGAUUUCAACUGAUGCUGCAGCCUCUGUGCUAGAGCCCCUGAAGGUGGUGUGGGCCAAGUGCAGCGGGUACCCCUCGUACCCGGCCCUGAUCAUCGACCCCAAGAUGCCACGAGUGCCUGGCCACCACAAUGGCGUCACCAUCCCAGCCCCGCCCCUGGACGUGCUAAAGAUUGGGGAGCACAUGCAGACCAAGUCUGACGAGAAGCUGUUCCUGGUUCUCUUUUUUGAUAACAAGAGGAGUUGGCAAUGGCUUCCUAAAUCCAAAAUGGUUCCCCUUGGUAUUGACGAGACUAUAGACAAGUUAAAAAUGAUGGAAGGGAGAAACUCCAGCAUCCGGAAGGCCGUGCGGAUUGCUUUUGACCGGGCCAUGAACCACCUGAGCCGCGUGCACGGGGAGCCAGCCAGCGACCUCAGUGAUGUUGACUGAUGCAGGCUCCAGCGGAAGCCACUGCGGGUCUUGUCCAUAGUUGUUGAUAAGCUGUACAUAUUUGUACAUUGUUCAAAACUUAACUUAUUCUAAUUUUUAGUUGUAGUUCUUUCGUUCUUUUUCCCAGGAGAGGAGGGAGGUUUUAUUUCCAUGUUUUCUGUGAAACCAUCUCCAUCUCGACGCCUUGUGGGUGGGGCGGUGCGUCUGAGCACGUGGUCCUGGACACGUCGCGCUGAGCGGUGCUGCCUGCCUCACUUUCUUUGAUCUGUAGCUUUUUUUUUUUUUAAAAGACUUUUGAAUGUUUAAUAAUUUUGUAAAUCAUACUCUUUACACAGAGUACCACUUAUUUAAAAAGACGGGAUGUAAAUUUACAGUGACAAAUGUGUAUUUUAAAAAAGAAAAUGACAUUAUUUUGAAUGGUACUUUGUAGAAAGAGGUGGAGAAUAAGUUUAUGCUGUGUACGUUACUCGCAAGUCACCAAAAACACUCCGCUGCCCGCGACGGUGGGGUGGGCGCGUCUCCUUCUCAUCGUCAUGUACACCCAGACUCCCACAGGUGUGCCUCCCGGCGGAUUAUUUAUUGUAGAAAGUGUAUUCAUUUGCUUUAUAAUGAAAAAUAAAUUUGGAAAGGUAUAUUGAUAUGCAUUUUUAUACAGGCACAUAAAAAUUCAACAUGGUUUGGGAGCAGAAUGUGUUGCAUUGUUGUAUAAAUGACUCUGGCCUGUGUGUACUUUGAUUUUGUAACUUGUAAUCUUUUGUUUACAAUGAGGGGCUUUCUGUAACUUGUUUUGUUUAGAACACUUUGGUAGCAAUAGAAACUUUGGAUACAUUUUUGUAUGGUACAUGUGAUGUAUAUAGAAUUAGUACUUUAUUUUUAUUUUUAAGAGGUAAAGCAUUAUGUUAGGGGGAAAAAGAUGGGUGGGUUUCCAAAUUUGCAUUUUUUAUAUUAAAAAUAAAGUCAAGAUUUGGAUGGUGUGGCCAUUUCAUUCCUGCAUCACUAGAAGUCUGGGUGAGGGCUCUGGUGGGCUGUGGGCCAGGAGAGGGGAGGGGCACGGCUGGACUUACAACACGCCUUUGUCUUUAAAAUUGUCAUGGGAUGGCGUUAUUUAUUAUUUUACCUAGUCAUAUUAUUUUAAAGCUACA